UAACUGCUUUUUUUCGAGCAUGUGCUGAAUGAUUAUUUUGCAAAAAUUUUCUGCACCUGUUUUUACUGAUAUAAUAUAUCUGAGGGAACAUUUUGCGUUGCGCUAACUGAAACUCAUCAGACGGCGGAGGUUUUUCCAGUUUGUUUGCGGCUUUGUUAGAACUAGCGAGGACCAUUUCAUUCAACGUUUCCGCAUGGUGUGAAUUGCUCGCAUCAGACGGACGGGGUUGCAUGUCUACUACCCAAACACGACCGUACGCUCAGUUGAAAUUUCCGUCCUUUCGAGAAGGUUGUGCUGAAGAACGGUUCCCGCAACGGUGUUGUGACUGGAUCGCAAAAAAGAAAAGAAAAUGGCGACUUGCAUCUUGUUAAAAUACUUUUCCUGCUUUUGUUUGGUUUGGUUCGGAAGCAUCGUAGCCGCGAUUCCAGUGCUAGAAUCGGCCCCUGGAAUAGAGAUUAUACCGGCCGCAUUUUCAGAGGGCGAUACACCGCAAUACGUCGUAGUGGAAUUAAAUAAAGGAACGAACACUAACAAUCUUCAACAGGCUGUGAUGAAUGUGCCUGAAGUACAGCAGCCUCAGCCAGUGACUCAGGCACCGCCGGUUGUCCAGUACCAGCAGCCAGCAACGCAGCAGCAGCCACAGUACCAGUACGCACAACCGCAGCCAGUGUACCAACAGUCGCCCUACUAUCGACCCCAACCACAAGUAGUGCAAUAUCCUGCGCCACCUGGCUCACCCUACUACAGUGCACCGGCAUCAAGUUUCUCACCGUACGGAUCACCUCAACCGGGUCCCUACUAUCCGGGUCCCAUCGGAGAAAGAGGUGGAUUUUUGAGUGGCUUAUCCGGACCCGGCAGCGGUUCGCGAUACUCACCGUUCGGUGGUUCACUACCGUCGGGCUUAUCUACCGGAGCCUCGUUACUUGGUGCUGCUUUGCUAAAACUUCAGCUAAAAGGCAACAAUCGCAAAGAGUGCGAAUAAUUUUAGUUUCUUCCGACGUCGUUAGUUUGUCCACUAAAAAUGUUUUUCGUUUCGGGGUGAAUGUUUUUCUUUUGCUCCCCCCCCCGUGUUUGUCGUAAUAAACUUUCCCAGAUUUUUCCACCAGCUGUCAGCUGCCAACGUCAAAACAUGUCAAGUUGGCAGAAACGUCAAACGCGCCCUCGCCGAAGUGAUCUCACGCGGGUGAGAAGUGAUGAGCGCGGAGUGAAUAAAGAAAUCGCAUCUGUGGGCAUGAAAA